CUAAGUUAUCUGUACUCAUUUCUGCCUAAUUAGAAACUUUGAGAAGCUGGGAGGGUAAAAAAAAUGAAAUUACUUCAGAAAUACCAUUUUAAAUUUUGUGGAUUACUUAUUUGGAGAGCUAAAUUGGAUCUUGACAUUAUUGGGAUUAUGUUCAAGAUGGACUCAGGAAAAAAAUCAGAUGCCAUCUGUUUCAGAUUCCUUAUUCCCUCACCCCUUCAUGUUUUAUGGCUUUGAAUUCAUCAGAUUAUUUUUUAAAAAUAAAGAUCCUCAGUAGAUUUAGAUUAUGUAAUUUCAGCUGUAUCAGUGAACAUGUAACUAAAAGAACUUGGAUUUUUAUAUUGUUACACAAAAAGAUCACAGACAACGGCUAAAAGUAAGUCAUUUCAAAUUAUAUGAACAUUAGGUAGUCAUCUUUGUCAUCAUUCACUUAAACCAUUUUUGUCAACACUUGUUGCUGGAAGUUGCUUAAAAAAUGGAUUAUGGAGAUACAGAAUAAAUCUUUUAUUCUCUCAUGUUAUAUCUAGAAGAGAAGCUUUUGCUGAGGAUUUUUUGUAUUUAGUGGUAAGUCCACUUAAAUUUAAUCUUUCAGUAGGGAGUUUUGCCUUACCAUAUGCCAUUUGCUAUUAUUUUCAUCUAAAUGGCACCAUAUAGUUCAUAGGCCACAUACUUGGAUUUUUCAGUCCGGAUCUUCAUAAAUCCUGAGGAUAGGCUUUUGGGUUUACUGAGCUGGAAAAGACCAUUAUUUAUUCAGGUUACAGUAGUUGGCACCUGGCAUAGACUAGAAACACCCAGGCAUCUUUGAGAAACUAUAAAAUACUACUAGCAUGGUCUCUUAGAAAUGGACUGGAGAGAGAGCAAUCUGGAUAGAAGAGUGCCAUGCUUUGUCUGCAGCAGAAAUGUUCUGAUAUUAUAGGAAGACUAAUGGCCUGCCCCGAUACUCCUGUAGUCUCUUCCUCACCAGAAACUCCAAGUGGGCAGUGUAGUUGUGGCAAGGGCUAGGGUGUCAGGGAUGGGAAUUGUUCUUCAAUAAUUGCUCACCCAUCACAAUGGAGGCAUAGACAUACUGGGGAAAGGGAUAUUCUCUUGGAUUUUGCCUUGGCCAGAGAAGCUGAGUGAAAAGGUAGCCUUUGCCUUUGCCACCAAAGACAACUUGGUGCAACACCUCUGGGUGCUGGGAGGACAGUUGUGAAGCCAGUGCACUUUCGAUUCAGUGGGGCUGAAUGGGUUACCAAAUAUCCUCCUUUGUUUGAGAUCCACAGACUACAUGUCCUACAAGAACAAAUCAAUGAUUUUUCAUCUCCUGGAGAUACAUUAGAAACAUAAAUAUGGUGUCAAAAGAUCUCCUUACUUUUCUCUGACUACGGUUUAUUUGGACGUACUUUUGUAUUGAAGAGAAUUAUACGGACUGAGGCUACUCGUGCAGAGAGACUGUCGUGUAAAAUCAUGGACCAUCCUAGUAGGGAGAAGGAUGAAAGACAACGGACAACUAAACCCAUGGCACAAAGGAGUACACACUGUCCCCGACCGUCUGGCACUUCAGCGUCCUCUGGGGUUCUUAUGGUGGGACCCAACUUCAGAGUUGGCAAGAAGAUAGGGUGUGGGAACUUUGGAGAGCUCAGAUUAGGUAAAAAUCUCUACACCAAUGAAUAUGUAGCUAUCAAACUGGAACCAAUAAAAUCACGUGCUCCACAGCUUCAUUUAGAGUACAGGUUUUAUAAACAGCUCGGCAGUGCAGGUGAAGGUCUUCCACAGGUGUAUUACUUUGGACCAUGUGGGAAAUAUAAUGCCAUGGUGCUGGAGCUCCUUGGCCCUAGCUUGGAGGAUUUGUUUGACCUCUGUGACCGAACUUUUACUUUGAAGACGGUGUUAAUGAUAGCCAUCCAGUUGCUUUCUCGAAUGGAGUAUGUGCACUCAAAGAAUCUCAUUUACCGAGAUGUGAAGCCAGAGAACUUCCUGAUUGGCCGACAAGGCAAUAAGAAAGAGCAUGUUAUACACAUUAUAGACUUUGGACUAGCCAAGGAGUACAUUGACCCUGAAACCAAAAAACACAUACCUUACAGGGAGCACAAAAGUUUAACUGGAACUGCAAGAUAUAUGUCUAUCAACACGCAUCUUGGCAAAGAGCAAAGCCGGCGGGAUGAUUUGGAAGCCCUCGGCCAUAUGUUCAUGUAUUUCCUUCGAGGCAGCCUACCCUGGCAAGGACUCAAGGCUGAUACAUUAAAAGAGAGAUAUCAAAAAAUUGGUGACACCAAAAGGAAUACUCCCAUUGAAGCUCUCUGUGAAAACUUUCCAGAAGAGAUGGCAACCUACCUGCGAUAUGUCAGGCGAUUAGACUUCUUUGAAAAACCUGACUAUGAAUAUUUACGGACACUCUUCACAGACCUCUUUGAAAGGAAAGGCUACACCUUCGACUAUGCCUAUGAUUGGGUCGGGAGGCCUAUUCCUACUCCAGUAGGGUCAGUUCACGUAGAUUCUGGCGCAUCUGCAAUAACUCGAGAAAGCCACACGCACAGGGACCGGCCAUCACAGCCGCCUCUGCGAAAUCAGACUGCAUCGUCAGAGCGCCGAGGAGAGUGGGAAAUCCAGCCCAGCCGGCAGACCAAUACCUCGUACCUGACGUCUCACUUGGCUGCAGACCGCCAUGGGGGAUCAGUGCAGGUGGUUAGCUCAACCAACGGAGAGCUGAAUGUUGAUGACCCCACGGGAGCCCACUCCAAUGCACCAAUCACAGCUCAUGCCGAGGUGGAGGUAGUCGAGGAAGCUAAGUGCUGCUGUUUCUUUAAGAGGAAAAGGAAGAAGACUGCCCAGCGCCACAAGUGACCAGUGCCUCCCAGGAGUCCUCAGGCCCUGGGGACUCUAACUUGAUUGCACCUGCAGCUCCUGCCACUUUUCACUGGAAGGGACUCCUCUGUGGGGAAGGGUAGAGAUCCAAACCAAAAAGAAGAAAACAGAUGCCCCCAGAAGGAGCCAGUGCGGGCAGCCAGGGCCCAGUAGGUCAUUGGCCACCCCGCCUGCCUAAAGCUCUGAGCAGGUCCCAGAGCUGCUGCUCCUCCACUGAUUGCCCUUGGGGGGCUGCCUGGUUGACUCUCCUUCCUAUUGUUUACAGUGAAGGUGUCAUUCACAAAAACUCAAGGACUACUAUUCUCUUCCCUCCCCGGUAGUUUACUCCUGGUUCUUGCCCCACCCUCAAUCCUCUCCAGCAUAAAAGCUAGUGAGUUACAGGCUUUGUCUGCUGAAGGAUCUCCAGAGGCUGGGGGUGUGGCCAAGGAGGCUGGGGGAAGGUGGCAGGCCUGGGCAGGAGAAGAACCUUCUCCAGCUACCAGGUGUGCCUGGCAGUAUGUGGCUUCUUCCUCCUCUGUGCCUGUGCAGCCUCCAGCCCCAGCUGGCCACGGGGUGCAGGUUCCUCCCUCCCCUGCUCCCUCCUAUGAAGUUACACUGUUGGACACAAGCUGUGAGAAAUCUGCAGUCUACUGUCCCCGCGUGCUGGCAUUCUUCGCUCUCUUGACAAGCGAACUCUGUUCUCCACAUGGUAGUAGGACAAUGCAAAUUGUUCUGAGCAAAGGAAAAAAAAAACUGACUUUAUUGCACUUUUAGUUUUGUUUUUGUUUUUGUUUUGUUUUUUAACAAAAAACAUGGCAGAUGCAUAUUGUGUCUGGUUAUAUUGGGAGUUUUACUUUUUUCUGUUUUGAGGGGGAUGGAGCCAGCCAAGCCAUUCAGAGAGAACAUGGGUCCAGAGGACAUGCUCAGUGGAAAAAGUUGGGUCUGCAGCACCCAGAAGAGAAGAAGCCAAACUCUGUGUCAUUCUGAGUAAACGCUCAGGUUGGCAAGGAAACAUACUUGAAUACUCAUUCAUCUUCUCAACUGCUGAAGAAUGUCCCUACCAGAGCCUCUUGACCUCAUCAGCCUACAGUUUGGACACCCUUGCUCUCCGGCACAUGGGAUGAGCCAGCCAAGCCAGACUGUGACCAGGAGAAGGAGAUGCUUGACAAAAAAAUUGGAAAUAAUCAGUUUCCUCCACUGCCAGGGACUUCCAACUAGAUAGCCAUGUGACUUCCAUAGUAACUUGGGGGACAGAUUAGUGAUGAAAGAGCCACUGCCAUAUUGCCACUAGUGGACAAGAAGAGGAGGAACGUGAGCCUGCCUUCCAACUGCCAGAAGAACCUCAGGAUUUGGUAUCAUAGGGCCAGGAAAUAAAAUCAGUGUGUACUGUCUGCCCCAAUAGCUGAGUGAUAGCAUUUGGGCUGGCCUGCCUUACUAGAAAGCACCCACAGAUCUCCCAGCAGGUCCACAGCAGCAGGCUGAGGACUGAGCAUGUGGGGCUGUCGUGAACAGGAGGAUAAGAUUGGUUGGUGCUGGAAAAUUCCAGGGGAAAGGAUACUGAAAUGAAAGGUCUGAAAUUAUCUUCUCAACUGGAUGUAGACUCCUUCCAAAUAAGAUGGCCAUGUAUCAAGAGCAUGUUUUCCCCAGUCCACUGUCUGCCUUCCCAUGUGGGGUAGUCAGCGAACCUACUACCAUGAAGGGUCUUGGUUCUUCAUUCACUGCUUGGAAAGUCAUCAAUAUGUGGAGUUAAUCUCAUUGUGCUCAAUUUUCAUUUGAGCUCAGCAGCUUUUGCAAACAGUGAUCUCACUCCAGAUGUGAUAGAGGAGAAAGAAUCACGUCAGGGAGCAAGGCCUUGUGUCUGGGAGUAGGGAGAGCUAACCAUGGAGGACCAGAGGCUGGCAACUGAGUCUGGUGGUUUGGGGAACACAGAAAUCAGUGCCUCUGGCUUGAGGUGGAGGGCCCUCUUUUGGACUGGAGGAUGUGGGGAUACUUUCUGGUAGUUGGCAUGUCCUGACAAGUCCCUUGAUGCAUCUCACAUGGAGCAAAAAUAGCAGUCACAUGGAUCAGAGUUUCUGGGCCUUAGCCUUUCCAUUGGGCCUCGGCUAGGAAGUAUCACUUUACUGGCUCCAGACCCACUCAGCUCAUGUGUAGAUCGUGAUCUUUCAUUUUUUUAAAAGAAGUUUUCCUGUAUACAGAACAGACUGGGAAACACAGUGUCACAUCCCUUUUCCACAAGGAUUUUGACUAUUGCUUCUUCAAUAUUACCUAGUGGUUAAGGCAACAUCAUGGAAACUUAUUUCUCAAUUGGCAUUUGGGCAACUUGAACUUCCUGUAUAGUAUCUUUAACUUAUCCCUUGACACUCUCUCAAAGGAGGGCAAGGGAAAGUGGUGACAAAGCCUCUAGCAUCCUGGCACUCCAUACCCACUAAGUGCCUCCCCACCUCUGCUUCCACAAAAAAGCAAAGGCAGUGACCAGCUUGGCUCAGGGCAGGCCCCCCUGCAGCUGGAUUUGUGACUUUAUUUUGGGCUUAAAUGUUUUUAAAGGCUUGCUCUUGAGGGGUUUAAACCUAAGCAGUUAUGGGGGGUCCUUCCUAAUGCACUGUUCUUUCUCUGCCCCCCCAAUCUCUUACUAGGUAUGUGAUUUUCAUAACAAAGGGUCAUAGUGAUUUUUCCAAGGCCAUUAGCACUCCAAGGUGGUCCCAGACCCCAUAGAGAUUCCAUUGUGAUCUUCCUGAAAAAUAAAAAGUGAAUAAAAAGACUACCUAAGGAAUAAUUUGGCCAUCAGUACCAUCCCCACCAGCCCCAUCAGGGCUCCCGCCUCCACCCGUUUGCUAUAUUUGCUUAGCGCUGUGCCUCAGCCAGGCCCCCGAGGCUGGGCACCCCCUCCACCCACCAGCCACCCCAGUCCGCUCACUGCAGUUUUUUGAGCUUUCUCCAUUUCUCAACAUGGUGCCUAGGGAUCUUUUCUUUGGGAUUGUUGCGGUUGUUCCUGAGUUAGCAGUAAGUACUAACAGCAUCUGUUCAUUAAAAAACCCUUACUACAUGCCACCAGGAGUUCUCCCGAGCUCUGCGGCCCCUCUGGCAUUGUAUCCUGAGCAGAUUGAGGCAGGCAGGGCAGCGAUCCAGCCAGGCAUAAACGGUCCUUCUGUAUGCCCAGAGGAUGACCUGUGUCUGCGCAGUCGGGCGUUGCAAGGGUUGAACCCUUGCCGCACACACGUGCCAUUUCCCAGGGAUCUCACUCUGGACUCCUCUGCAAGGGCAGGCAGUGUGCCAGCAGCCACUAUGCUCUCAGGACUGCCUUAACAUUCUGCUGUACUGGGUCUGUCUAGGAGUAAACAGAGUCUAAGAAGGUACAAGUCAAGGGACUUGGCUGACCUCCAGUUCAAGUUCCAUUUCACUCUGACCCACAGGGGCAACAGGAGAUGGCAGGUUCCUGGAGUUUUCAGUAGUGAUGUUGAUUUGCCUGUUUAUGUCCAUGAACUCCGAGUACAAAGAAACAGCCCCCGCUGGUAGCCAGAAGAGGGUCCAUUGCCUCUUUAUCCCAAUGUAGUUCACUGGAAGUGUAUGCUGAUGGUGCAUAUUCAGUGUUGAUUCUCAGUGCGAGUAACCAUCUUUAAUGUCAGAAAUAUGCAGUGAUAGUAAUGUAUGUUGGAGUGGUUACUAAGGAUCAUAGCCUUAAAUUUUUUUGUAUGCAAAAGGUAGAGUUUAUCCCCCCUGUCCCCCCGCCCAGUGAGCAAGCAUGGCCUGCGUUUCUCAAAAACAGCCCAGAAAGCAUCUCAAAGGAACGUAUUCUUCUGAUGCAUCUCUCCCAAUUCCACCUGAUUUGUGUGUGUCCCAGUCACCUCUUCCACUUUCAUAUUUAAGCCAGUUUUCCAUCCCCAGUGAGUAGCCCUGACAAUAUCAUCUCCAGUGUCAGCCACGUUAGGGCUAGAGUCCCUCAGAUUGGGAGCUUAGAGCACCAUCUGGCCAACAUUGCCUUUGCCAGUCCACUGCCACCCUCCCCACCACUGCCCCAAGGUGGGUGGGUGAAUUCCAGCAACCCACCUGUCACGUGGCACCCCGUCUGGAUUGGCCAUAUGAGCAACAGGCACUUGUCUCUGGGGUUCUUGCUUUUGCCAACUCCAGACCUCUGGGAAAGCCCUGCCUAGAGAUUGAUGGCCAGUGACUCCCAGUCUUCCCUGUGAUGGGUCAGCAGGAAUCGAAAAGAGAUCCCUAUAGUUUUGUUGUCUUGUUUGGGGGCCGGGGUGGGGGGGGAGGGGUGGCUUCGUUUCUGAAUCUUAAAAUAAGGAAUCCACGGCCCUUGUGAGGGUUUACAGAGUUUUGAGCAGUUUUUAGCCACAAAUAAGGAAUCUUGAAAGUUUUCAAUCAAUUAAGCAGUCUUAAAAACAGGUUUCUCAUAACUACUUUUGCAGGUGACUGAGUGCAAAAGAAUAGGUUUCUCAAUUGUAUUCAAAAUAGUAAGUAGGUUCCCUGGAUAUAGACAGUAGUAGUUGACAGAUUUCCUUAAAAAGCAACCAGGAAGUCCACCCCAGUAUUUGUAGAUCAGCUUACAAAGGAAAAAGUGAACGUGUACUCCAUAUGUUUUUAGUUUUAUUACCAAACGUGAUGUUAUAAAGAAACCUCGUUCUGUGGACAGAAUUUCUUUUGUUACUUUCCUCCUCUUUGUCCUCACAGUCAUAUUUCCAGUGCCAUCACCACCUUCAAUGUCUCAGAGCAGAGGGUUAUCCAUGGUAAUAAGUGGGGGGUGCAGUGCACUCAUCCCGAUAACACACGAGGACAGCUGUCCUGACUGCCCCUUCCCUGAAAACCCCCUCUUUAAGGGCAGGUGAGACAUUUUCAGUGUUCCUCUUCAUGAGCUCCAGACCAAAUCCCAGGCCAGCCCUUGCACCGAAAGCUUUCUUUAAGAGGUUUGUCAAUCUGUUAGGAAUGUCUCAGGAAAAAUGAGCCAUUUCUUUGGGGGGAAAUACACUUACAAAUGGGUGUACGUGGUUGCACUUGUAUGCCUGUGUGUGUGUGUGUGUGUGCACACGUGUUCGUGCACAUUCUCAUCUGUGCAUUUCACUUCCAUAAAGACUUACAGCCCAGGCCACUGGGAACAUGUGUUACUGCAUAUUCUCAGAAGUAAACAACUAACAAGUGAGCUUCUCGAAUUAGUGUCGCAGGAAGUUGGCUCUGGGAAUGAGCCCCAUUUAUCGAGCAGAAGAGUAAACAGCAGAAAAGAUAAGAGAUGAAACCAAAAAUAUAACCACCCCCCCCCAUUGGAAAGUAAUGUUGAUUCAUCAAUUCCCAUUGGAUAUAUUACAUGCUCUAAUUUAUUAUAUUAUUAUUUUGUCUGUUUCUUUAAUCUUUGCCCAUUGUACUUUUAAAAAAGAUGUUGGGAUUUGAUUGCAAUUUUUUUAAGACUAGAUGUAUAAAUCAGCUGUGGAAAUCAGUUUUAAUUGCUGUGUGGAUGUGUCUGAUUAUUGUAAAAUACUUUUUUUUUAAACUUUUUGUUUUAUUUUAGAUAUGUGAUGUUUCAUAAACCCUGGCACUGGUCACAUAGCUCAGCUGUGAAAAUGAAACUUGUAGUAUUUUUAAACAUGAAUGUCAAUUUCAAGUGUAUUUGAAUGGUUCCUCCAGGGAGAGAUUUGUACACCAUUGGGAGAAACUCCUCUGCAGAGGAAGUAGCCUUCUUUGGGGGAAAAAAAAAAAACAAAAAACAACGGAAAAUGGGUCUUGAUAUGUUAUCUCAGAGUAGCCCAUUUCCUAGGGCACCACGGAAAACACAAAUGUGAUCUUUAAGUAUACCUCUUCCCCAAUUUGGGGAAGAAAGGACUCAGUUUGCACCCUUUUUGUAUGUAAAAUAAAAUGUCUUACCUUUCUUGACUAA